CUCACGUCAGAGCUUUAUCGCAGGCAGUCAGCAAUAUAUAGGCUCUGUGCACGCCUGAGAUCACAAAAUGGUAUCUUGGACACCAUUCUUGAGCUGCAAAGCACACAGAAAUAUUACUGAGUAGUUUCUGCUCCAUGGCAUCAUGUCGCGCUGCGUCAGAAGAGCUGGAUGAGGAGCUCGCAAUCAUCCUCACCAAUUCGUUUCUGCCGCUAUGGAAUCACAACUGGUUUCACGGUGUAUCUAAGCCUGUCCAACGCAUACCACAGUCUGCAAAUAUAUCGACACCUUCGAUAUCACUUUCUAAGCUGACUCCGUUGCAAAAGGCUCGCCGCUCAUUUUAUUGGUUUCUAAUCAAAUUGACCCGUGGUGUCGGUGGAGAGGUCUGCGUGGCAACGAUACCAUCGCCAAAGAAUCCUGACGAUGAGCUUGUCGCCGCAGUCCUGUUGUGGUGCCCGCCAUUCAAGCGUAACGCAUCAUCUUUCGGUCUGCAAUUCAUCAAAGAUUUGUGGACGCUAUACAAGGCGGAUAUGUUUGCGGUAUUACGUGGAUAUGGUAUCUCAGGCUUCCGGCGCAUCACGGACGUGUUUGAGGAGAAUGUGCAGCGCAUGUUCAAGGAAUCCUUGGCACCCCUCGGUUUCAAGCCGGAGGAAUGUGGCUUUGUGCAGAUGAUAGCUGUAAAUACAGACCCGGAAUUCGAUGCGGAGCUUAAAGGCAAGGGCUUUGCGAGGCAGCUGCUACAGUGGAGGAUUGACCACCACUGGAAGGAAUGCAAGAACGUGAAGACGGGCACGGGAGGCAAAAUGACGCCUGUGAUUUUGGAUACAACAACGGAGCAGGGAAUCACGGCGUAUAAGCGACUACGUUUUGAACUGGUAAACCAGUAUAUUCCGAACACUGGCACGGACAAGAAUGGUUAUAAAUUGGAUAAGAAUUUGGAUCCCGAGGAGAAAAGGAGGCUAGCUGAGGAAGCUAUGGAAAAUUGCGUGAUGAGUAUCAUGGUGAAGAUGCCUCCCGAGACCGCAGCCGAGGCGGUGUGAUACGGAUUGACAGUGACGGCCUUUGUGGAGGUUGUUUCUUGUGCAGACCAUGGGUGGAGAAACUCCGCUGCAGCAUGGAAGAGAGGUCGUGAUAACGAUGAACAGUGUAAAUAUCACCAAAUUGCCCAGCAAUCAGUAGAAGGAUC